ACGGGAACCACCGCCAACCUCUUCAGUCGGGUUUUUCUUACUUUCUGCUGCCGAACGACGACCACCUCGCCUCCGACUGGUGUCCUUUUUCCUAGGACCCCACCCACAGAAAUCGUCCCCACUCCGGACAAGGUUCUCCCGAAAAAUUAACGUCUUUCAAAAAACUCAAUUAUUUUGUAAAGGUACAAACUCAAUCGAAAGUAUACAUUCCUUUCUGCCCUCCUCUUGCGUGCUGACCGUCUUUCUGGCCUUGUAAUAACCGGAACGAUUUGUUUUUUGGCAACAGAGUAACCUACUCGUCCGGAAAAUAUUGGGGUAUUUUUACCCCCCACUCAAUGAAUAACGGAAAGAAUAGUCUGGCCAGAAAUCGAUGGAGUUUACUGCAAGCAGCAAUUAUAAAGAAACGCAUUCCGGAACCUAAAGACAAUCCAGCAUCGAAACGAAUUUUUGAAAAAUUCUCUGGUAUCAUCGACUGGACAGCGGAUAGGGACACUGGGAAAAUCUCGGUGGAAGUUAAGGUCGACAAAAACGACAAUAAUAGAAUUGCAACAUAUCAAGCUUCCAACAAAUUAUCAUCUUCCACAACAACGACCAUAAACAAUAGCAACAAUAUCAACACCAACUCUUCCUCCAAGCAAACCUCUCUCUUUUUACUAACCGUUUUUCGAAACAGUCAGUGCAGCACUUUAGAUAUCGGAGAUCUUCGUGGGUAUGAUAAAACUGGGCGGAUCUGCAUUUGGCCAGCAGAACAAGUUUUAGCUUAUUGGUGCUUGAAGAACUCGAAUCGAUUCGAAGGAAAAGUUGUGAUUGAAAUUGGAGGCGGAUUUCAUUGCUUGGCAGGGGUGGCUAUUGCUAAAUACAUUCAAGCUAAAGAAGUCGUUUUGACGGACGGAGAUCCUAGCAACGUUGAACAAAUUUGGAAGGGUGUUCGCCACAACGUAUUCACAACCAAGUUAGUGUCGGCGAAUCUUUUGAAUUGGGACGGAUACGUGCCAUCAAAUUUAGACGGACGAUUCGACCAGGUCAUUGCAGCAGACGUUGUGUAUGAUUCUGGAAUAUUCGAUUCACUCAUUAAGACAGUUUCAAAGUUGUUGAAGGUUGGAGGAGAAUUUAUUCUGUUUAAUCCAACUCGAGUUGAAAAGCUUGUUGAUCUAAUUGAAACAGCGAGGCGGAGUAGGUUGUUUCAGGAUAUACAAGUUUCGGAAGAUUUUGACAAUCAUUUGACAUCAGUCGUUGAAGUGCUGAAGAAGUCAGACUCCAGUUUCAACAGGGAUUGGCACUAUCCCUAUCAAGUUAUAUUUUACAAGUAAAGAAUACGAGAUUAAUUUAAUUAAUCUCAGCCUGCUCAACAAUGGCAGACUAUUGGAAGAGUAUCGAUAAAAAGUACUGCGAUGUGUGUAAGUGUUGGCUCACCGACAACAAAUCGAGCAUAGCAUUCCAUGAAAAUGGGAAUCGACACAAAAUGAACAUCCAAAAUCGCCUACGGGAGAUUCAAAAAAAGAACAAAAAUGAAAUGAAAGUAGAGAAAAAGUUUGCAAAAGAUAUGAAAAAAUUAGAGAAGGCUGCGCUUGCUGCAUCCCAAAAAGAUAUGGAAGAUAAUCCGGACAUUUCAAUGAAAAUUCAAACAUAUGUCAACAUGAUGAAAGAAAGUGAGGACCCAGAACCAGAGGAAGGUCCCUCCACAUCAAAGAAAUCUCUUGAACCUACAAUUUUACAUCGCAGCGAAAAACAACAAAAGGCUGACGACGCUGCACUUGCCGAUAUGAAUAAAAUUGCAAAGGGCUACCAUCGACUGGGGGGCUGGGAAGCAAGGAAACCUGGUGCAAUUGGCAAUAAUUUUCUCGAACUUCCAACAAAAAGUACAGCUUCUCCUGGUGCUUCACUUCAUAAAACUGCAAAGCGUCAGGAAGAACAGCCAGUCAAAUUUGGAGAGAAGACGGCAGGAUCUCUUGAAUCUUCGUCGUCACUUGUAAAAUCUGAACCUGUCUCUGAGGUAGCUUUUAAGAAACGUAAACUCAACAAAGGCAGCGCUCGUCGACGAGAUAAUGAAGACGAUUAACUUAUAGUCGAAUUCGAUUGUAAAAUUUACUCGAGGAUAAGACCAACAAUGUAUACUAUAUAUAUUUACAUAUACGUUCAUUAAUGUAUGAAAUCUAAAUUCUGUGUUAAAAUCAAAAUUUGAGAGUUUAAAAAUUAUUGUCUUCGAAGUUUCUUUCUAUUACCUGUUUGUACUGUAAAGUUGGAUUAAUUGGUUUAUUCUGCAAUUGUAUAGUUAUAAGAUGUAAUUUUAACGGUAAUUAAAUUAAAUAGCAGGAAACAAAGUUACCUGGCAGAGAGAUUACUCAUAACAGCGUCGUUAGAAUAGAAGUUUAGAUAUUGACAAUUACUUAUUACAAAACUUUGUGACCAAUCACUCACAUCAACUCUUCUGCUAACCAAAUCUCAAUAGAUCUUGUAGUACAUAUUUUUGUAUAACACUUAUCUCGUGUCGUUACGAGCAAUGCAACGUUAGGGUUUAUAGCAGUUUGUCCUGUUUGAGAUUUCGGCUCAAUGUUUUACUCGUAUAGUAUAAAGUUCACUAGACACUAGAAAAUGUUUUACGAGAUGGGAAAAAUUUUAAAACUGUUGUGUGACAAAUGUUUGGUUAAGUUCAAAUCUACCAAAUGCAAGUCAGGGUGCCACUGCAGUAGUUGUUCAGAUUAAAAGACGUUAAAAAUAAAUAAUAAAUCAUUUACAAAUGGCAAA